CUCCCCCAUGAUCUCCCUUCAGCCCUAAUAGAGCAGGGUAGUGGUAGUAGUGGUAUUUGUGAGUUAGGUUAGUUAGUAAGAGGCUUGUUGUAUGUUUACUGGCUUAUGAGUGAACUCAUGACGCACUGCAACAGUAGUUAAUGAAAGCGUUUUUUUACCGGUUUCUAUUCUAAAACCAUGUAUAGAGACGGAGUGCUGCACAAGAAGAACAGAAAAGACUUUCUACCUUAUUUUCUAGGACUAGUUUUAGUUUUCUAUUGCACGGUUCAUCUUGUGUCUUUCAUUGCAGCAGCAGCUCAGGAGGACUCCCAUUCCAACAGAGUGCGCCGGGCGCUGGAGAAUGAGACAGAGUGUAUUACAACGCAGUCGUCUGAGUUUCCAGAGGGGUUCUUCACACUACAGGAGAGGAAGGAUGGAGGACUCCUCAUACACUUUAUGAUCAUAUUUUACAUGCUGCUGGCAGUUGCUAUAGUCUGUGAUGACUACUUCCUACCUUCUCUAGAACUUAUCAGUGACCGUCUGGGUCUAUCUCAGGACGUAGCAGGAGCCACCUUUAUGGCAGCAGGCAGCUCUGCUCCUGAAAUGGUCACUGCUUUUCUGGGUGUGUUUGUGACAAAGGGAGACAUCGGUGUGAGCACCAUCGUAGGAUCAGCUGUCUACAACCUCCUGGGGAUCUGUGCUGCUUGUGGACUCCUGACCAAAGUGGUGGGUCGUCUGACCUGUUGGCCUCUGUUCAGGGACUGUCUAGCUUACGCCAUCUCUAUCUCUGCUGUUAUAGCCAUCAUUUCAGACAACAAAGUCUACUGGUAUGAUGCAGCCUGUCUGUUGCUGGUCUAUGGGGUGUACAUCGUAGUGUUGUGUUUUGACCUGAGGAUCAGUGAGUGUGUUCUGAGGAGGUUCAGUCCCUGCUGUACUUGCCUGGGGAAAGGUUCCGGGGAUCACAGCGAGACACAGCCAUUGGUUGACACCACUCUGAGGGUCCACAGACGUUCUAGAAGUGACAGCGGAAUCUUCCAGGAUGAUUCAGGAUACUCACACAUUUCCCUCAGUCUGCACGGCCUGAAUGAGAUACCAGAGGACCACAAGAGUGUGUUCUCAAUGCCAGAGAACGACCUGAAGCGAAUCCUGUGGGUGCUGUCCCUCCCGGCCAUCGUGAUUCUCUACCUGACGAUUCCAGACUGCAGGAGACGGUUCUGGAAAAAAUGGUUCAUGUUCACCUUCUUUAUGUCCGCUGUCUGGAUCUCAGCCUUCACAUACGUACUGGUCUGGAUGGUCACUAUCGUAGGAGAGACUCUGGGUAUCCCAGACACAGUGAUGGGCCUGACUCUGUUAGCUGCAGGGACCAGUAUACCAGACACAGUGGCUAGUGUCAUGGUUGCCAGAGAAGGUAAAGCCGAUAUGGCCAUGUCCAACAUCGUGGGUUCUAAUGUUUUUGACAUGCUGUGUCUGGGUCUUCCCUGGUUCAUUAAGACAGUGUUUGUGGACACGGUUAACCCUGUGGAGGUCAACAGCACCGGUCUGGUUUUCAUCUCCGCCACCCUCCUCCUCUCCAUCGUCUUUCUCUUCGUGGCGGUCCAUAUAAACGGCUGGAAGCUGGACUGGAAGCUGGGGAUCGUCUCUCUGUUCUGCUAUGUUGUUUUUGCCACUCUGGCCAUCCUCUACGAACUGGGCAUCAUAGGGAACAACCCUGUCAGACUGUGUGGCGACUGAUACACUGAUAAACACACAGAGACGUACAACAACACACACAGCGCUGCUGCAGGCCGCACUCAUCAGACUGUGUAGUGUCUGAGUGGCAGCGAUGGAGUCCACACUGCAGCCCUCCCCAGAACCAGACCACCCAGAACCAACCUCUUUGACACUCAGACCAUUUAUACAGAACCCAGAUACAGGGCAGAUUCACAGAGUACUGAUAUAGGAUCAGGUCCACCCUGUCCACGUCCUCUUAUUCAUUAUGAUCUAAAUCAGUGGAAUUCGAAUUCGGGUCGCGACCCCACUAGCAGUUGGGUUUGUGGACAGAUUAGGAGUGUUGGAUCACCAAAUUCAAAUACUUUUUUUUAAACAAAAAAAUAACAGUACAAAUUAUUGUAUGGGACACGAUACAAACAUUUUUUAGAAAAAUAAAAUUGUAUCGAGUAAA